AUGUCUGAUAUUAUUGAGCCAGUGGAAACUGACAUUGCAAAAACUAGGGGUGCUACCGUCAGUGGGAGAUCAUGGAAAGUGGAAAAGCAACCAUUUAGAGCUAAGAGUAGAGUCGUCAAGAACAAGAAACUUACGUCUUGGGAAUUGAAGAAACAAAAGAGACUUGAGGAUAAGCAAUUCAAGGAUAGAAUUAAGGCAUUGAAGGAGGAAAAAGAGGAAGAACGUAAGAAGAAAAUAGAGGCUCUAAAAGAAAGAAGAGAGAAACAAGAAGAGAAAGAACGUUAUGAAAGAUUGGCUGCAAAGAUGCAUGCUAAGAAGGUUGAAAGAAUGAGAAAGAGAGAAAAGAGAAACAAAGCUUUGAAAGAACGUUGA